AUGCUUGAUGGCAGAAAAAAUGCGUUUAAAAUUCCAGCGACAUUAUCAGAUGGCGAUUUUUGUAGUGGGACGAGGAAUAUUGGUUAGUUUUUUUUUCAAUUUUGGAAGCAUUUCAACGUGGUUCCAACAUUCCUGGACUAGGAAAUUUUUUUUCGAAAAUUCUGAAAUUUUACGAUUUUUUUCCAGAACUAAAUCAAAAUACCACAACAAAAUGCCGUGCAAAAAUCGAAAGCAUCGAAAAUUGCAAAUCUAAUAAAUUUCUCAAUUCAAAUAUGCUUUUCGGCCAGAAAAUUGCUGAAAAUAUAACAUUUCAGGGCUCAUUUUUCGAACCAAUUUCAAAUUCCAGCGGAUGUUUUGGAGUUAUUCAAACUGCCAAUAUUUAUUUUAUCAAAAACAUUUCAACAAAUUCUUUAUCUUCAGCUUUUGUAGAAAUUGUCUAUGAUUCGAUUAAAAUUGAAAAUUUUCAAAAUUUCGAGCAAACUUUCAAUAUAUUUUUCGUCGACGAAAAAAUCCAGCAAGGAAAAUUGGGAUAUUCUGAAAAUGAUGCAAUUUAUUCGGUUAGCGGCAUGGUUGCUGUCCCUUUAAAUUUACCAAUUUUGCAAAAUUGUUUGGGAACUGUUUCGGAAAAAAAUCAGGUUUUAUUCAAGCAAGAAAUUGCUGGAACUUGUUUUUUGGAGAAUUCGAAGAAUUGUGAAGAAGCUCGAUUUUUGGCCAAAAAAUUUUAUGAGCAAAUUUUUCCGAUGGAAAUUUUGAGUGUGCCUUCGGAUGAUGCUCAACCAGCGUUGGUUAAUAGAAUUAAUGUGACUUGGGAGGAGGUGAGUUGGUAGAUAGAUUUCUGUAGCUUAAAAUUUGAGAUUUUUUGAGUCCAAAAAAUUAUGAGAUGGAAUUUUUUUUUGAAAACUAAAUGUGCCCCCGCUUCAAACUUUUCUGGUAAUUUAGUUAGAAAAUUGGAUUUUUUUCCAAAAAAUAAUUUCUUCUGAAAAAUCUUUGAAAAUUAUUUUUAAAAAAAUUACUGUAAAGUUACGAAAAUCAUUUUUUUCUCAAAAAUCCCAAUUUUUUCUUCAGAAAUCGCCAUCUCAAAAAAGUUGUCGUCUGCCAGUUUCCUCCCGUUUUCUGAUUUAUUUCUCAAAACAAGGAACCAUCAAAAAUUAUCGAGAAAUAAUUGUUGGCGCAAGUUUUGAUCUAUCACUUGAUUAUGUAAGAUUAUUCUUUCAAAUAUGUAGUUCGGAAGAAAAAAAAUCGAAUUUUUCAGAUCGAUUACAAUCCAGGUCAAACAAUUCAUCUACCUCUAAUUGUAAAGUUCAGCGAUGUUACACCAAGUAAGUUACAGCAUGAGUUAUGACGUGGAAAUUAUAACUUAAUUUUUCAGAACCAAAAUCAGUUUUUGCUUCACUUCCUUAUAUCGAUAUUCGCCUUCCAAAUGAUUUUUUCUAUCCAUUUAUCCGAAAUUCUUCAAACAAAAAAACUACAGAAAAUUUCAUUUUUAUUAUUCUAAAUAUUUGUUUCUUCACGUUUAUUUAUUAA